UCGAGGCGGAGGCUUGGAGGAAUAAAUAAACACACGCGCCUCCCUCAGCUGGACCUGGGGGGGGGGUGUUAAAGGGCCUUCUCCAGCCCUCCCCUUCGGAGCCUGUUGGAAGGGAAUGUCACAGCCCCCGCCCGGGUGGAUCUCGGGCGGAGGGGCCGCCUGUGCUGGCGCUGCCCGCCUCCCUUCUGCCCGGCUUCACCCCUUGCCUUGGGAACAGCCACGCUGGCGGGAGGGUCUUCCAGGUGCUAUAGCGGGUCCGUCCACCGUACAAUGCCUAGCAGGCAAUGCUUGCAACAACCCUGUGAGGCAGCGCAAUGGCCUCACAGGCACUGUCCGGAUCAUCUCUUCUUUGGGGCAGAGUGGAAAGAGGUGCUGGGCGCCCACCUCAGGAACAGCCCUAGGACCAGGCCAAAGGCGCAUCUCAUCCAGCAUCCUCUUCUCACACUGGCCAACCAGAUGCCUACGGGAAGCCCCUGAGCAAGCAGAACCUGAGAGCAACAGCACUCUCCCCUCUUGUGAUUCCCAGCAACUGGCUCCCUUGACCUUUGGGGAGGUGGCUGUGUAUUUCUCCGAGGAGGAGUGGGCUCUGCUGGAUCCUGAGCAGAGAGCUCUGCAUAGGGAAGUCAUGGAGGAGAAUUACAAGACGGUGGCCUCUCUAGGCAGCCCAAUGGCCUCAGAUGCACCAUCCGGAUCGUCUCUUCCUUGGAGAAGAGUGGGAAGAGGUGCUGGGUGGCUGCCUCAGGCUCUCUUGACCUUUGAGGAGGUGGCUGUAUAUUUCACCGAGGAGGAGUGGGCUCUGCUGGAUCUUGAGCAAAGAGCUCUGCAUAGGGAAGUCAUGGAGGACAAUUACAGGAUGGUGGCCUCACUGGUAUUGGACCUCAAUUCCUGUUGGGAAGAAGGACAAGAUCUGGUGAUGCAUGGUCCCAAAGAAGAGGAGGCCACAGCAGAAAUUUCAAAACUGGAUUUCAUCUCUUGCCUGGAAGGACAAGAUCCAAUUGGAUGGGGCUGUGAUGAAGCGGAGAGACCAGCAACAGGUGAUGGGCAGAACAAUGAAAAUUAUGCGGAACUAUUUAAUGACAUGGAAUGUGAAAAUAGCUUCAGCCACAGUAUUACACUUACUGUACAUCAAAGAACCCACACGGGAGAGAAACUAUAUAAAUGCAUAGUGUGUGGAAAGAGCUUCAGACACAGCAGUUCACUUACUGUACAUCAAAGAACCCACACAGGGGAGAAACCAUUUAAAUGCAUAGCUUGUGGAAAGAGCUUCAGGAAGAGCAGUUCACUUACUGUACAUAAAAGAACCCAUACAGGGGAGAAACCAUUUAAAUGCAUGGAGUGCGGAAAGAGUUUCAGAGGGAGUUAUGAGCUUACUUUACAUCAACGAACACACACAGGGGAGAAACCAUUUAAGUGCACAGAAUGUGGAAAGAGCUUCAGACAGAGCAUUUCACUUACUUCACAUCAAAGAACCCACACAGGGGAGAAACCAUUUAAAUGCAUAGCUUGUGGAAAGAGCUUCAGCCAGAGAGGUCAACUUACUGUACAUCAAAGAACUCACACAGGGGAGAAACCAUUUAAGUGCACAGAAUGUGGAAAGAGCUUCAGGCAGAGCAUUUCACUUACUUCACAUCAAAGAACCCACACAGGGGAGAAACCAUUUAAGUGCAUGGAAUGUGGAAAGACCUUCACUGGCAGCAGUAGUCUUAACUCACAUCAAAGAACCCACAUAGGCGAGAAACCAUUCAAGUGCAUGGAAUGUGGGAAAAGCUUCAUCCAGAGAAGUAAACUUACUGUACAUGAAAGAACCCACACUGGGGAGAAACCAUAUAAAUGCAUGGAGUGUGGAAAGAGCUUCAGGGAAAGCAGUUCACUUACUUCACAUCAAAGAGCCCACACUGGGGAGAAACCAUUUAAAUGCAUGGAGUGUGGAAAGAGCUUCUGCUGGAGCAAUGCACUUGUUUCACAUCGAAGAACCCACACAGAGGAGAAACCAUUUAAAUGUAUGGAGUGUGGAAAAAGCUUCAGUAUGAAAAAUUACCUUGCUUCACAUCAAAGAACCCACACAGGGGAGAAACCAUUUAAAUGUAUCGUAUGUGUAAAGACUUUCAGCCAUAGCAGUAGCCUGACUUUACAUCAAAGAAUUCACACUGGGGAGAAACCAUUUAACUGCAUGGAAUGUGGAAAGAGCUUCAGUUUCAGCAGUAGCCUUAAUUCACAUCAAAGAACUCACACAGGGGAAAGACCAUUUAAGUGCAUGGAAUGUGGAAAGAGUUUCAUCCAGAGAGGUCAACUUACUGUACAUCAGAGAACCCAUACAGGAGAGAAACCGUAUAAAUGCAUGGAGUGUGGGAAGAGUUUCAGGGAAAGCAGUUCCCUUACUUCGCAUCAAAGGACCCACACAGGGGAGAAACCAUUUAAAUGCUUAGCAUGUGGAAAGAGCUUCAGGGAGAGUAGUUCACUUACUUCACAUCAAAGAACCCACACAGAGAAACCAUUUAUGUGCAUGGAAUGUGGAAAGAGCUUCAGGCACAGCAUUUCACUUACUGAACAUAAAAGAACUCACGCAGGGGAGAAACCAUUUAAAUGCAUGGAGUGUGGAAAGAGCUUCAGUAUGAAGCAUCAUCUUACUUCACAUCAAAGAACCCACACAGGGGAGAAACCAUUUAAAUGCAUGGUGUGUGGAAAGACCUUGAGCCAUAGCAAUAGCCUGACUUUACAUCAAAGAAUUCACACUGGGGAGAAACCAUUUAAAUGCACAGAAUGUGGAAAGAGCUUUAGCUGGAGCAGUGCACUUACUUCACAUCAAAAAACCCACACAGAGGAGAAACCAUUUAAAUGUAUGGAGUGUGGAAAAAGCUUCAGUAUAAAGCAUCAUCUUACUUCACAUCAAAGAACCCACACAGGGGAGAAACCAUUUAAAUGCAUGGUGUGUGGAAAGAGCUUCAGCCAGUGCAGCACCCUGACUUUACACCAAAGAACACACACAGGGGAGAAACCCUUUAAAUGCACAGAAUGUGGAAAGAGCUUCAGUGGCAGCAGUAGCCUUCAUUCACAUCAAAGAACCCACACAAGGGAGAAACCAUUUAAGUGCAUGGAAUGUGGAAAGAGCUUCAGCCGGAGAGGUCAACUUACUGUUCAUCAAACAACCCACAUUGGGAGAAACCAUUUAAAUGCAUGGAAUGUGGAAAGAGCUUCAGGGGGAGCAGUUCAUUUACUUCACAUCAAAGAACCCCCACAGGAGAGAAACCAUUUAAAUGUAUGGAGUGUGGAAAGAGCUUCAGCCAGAGAGGUGCACUUACUGUACAUCAAAGAACCUCCACAGGAGAGAAACCAUUUAAAUGUAUGGAGUGUGGAAAGAGCUCCCCGCUUAGCCACCAUCGCCUGCCGCCGGGACAAAGAGCAAAAGCGGAUCCCAGAAGGGAAAGCGCUGGAAAUGCAGGGGGUGCCCAAGAAAUCAGACCGGAAAGGAGGAGGAGGAGAGACUGGGGCGCCCAGAGGACCCAGAGGCAGCGCAAUGGCCUCAGAGGCAUCGUGCGGAUCACCCCUUUCUUGGGACAGAGUGGAAACAGGUGCUGAGCAAUCACCUCAGGCUGUCUUGACCUUUGAGGAGGUGGCUGUGUAUUUCUCCGAGGAGGAGUGGGCUCUGCUGGAUCCUGAGCAGAGAGCUCUGCAUAGGGAAGUCAUGGAGGAGAAUUACAAGACGGUGGCCUCUCUAGAAUCGGACCUCAAUGCCUGUUGGAAAGAAGGAGAAGAUCCGGUGAUCCAGGAUCCCAAAGAAGAGGAGACCUCAGCAGCAGAUGAUGGCCAGAAGAAUGAGAACUAUACAGAACUACAGAUGAUGUCAUUGGUAAUAAGCAAGUGUGAAGCACAAACAGAGAAGUUUCGAAUUGAUGGGGGACCAAAAAAAUCUGAAACAAACCAAUCAAAGGAUGGGAAGAAGGAAUCCUCUACUUCUCAGGCUUUGCAUCGAAGAACCCACACAGGGGAGAAACCAUUCAAAUGCAUGGCAUGUGGGAAGACCUUCAGCCAGAGCAGUAGCCUAACUUUACAUCAAAGAAUACAUACAGGGGAGAAACCAGUUAAAUGCACGGUAUGUGGAAAGAGCUUCAGAACCAGCAGUAACCUUAAUUCACAUCGAAGAACCCACACAGGGGAGAAACCAUUUAAGUGCAUGGACUGUGGAAAGAGCUUCAGCCGGAGAGAUCAACUUACUGUACAUCGAAGAACUCACACAGGAGAGAAACCAUUUAAAUGCAUGGAAUGUGGAAAGAGUUUCAUUUUGAGCAGUUUACUUACUUCACAUCAAAGAACCCACACAGGGGAGAAACCAUUUACAUGUAUGGAGUGUGGAAAAAGCUUUAGCCAGGGAGGUCAACUUACUAUACAUGAAAGAAUUCACACAGGAGAGAAACCAUUUAAAUGUAUGGAGUGUGGAAAGAGCUUCUGCCAGAGAGGUCAACUUACUAUACAUCAAAGAACCCACACAGGGGAGAAACCAUUUAAAUGCAUGGAAUGUGGAAAAUGCUUCAGCUGCAGCUAUCAACUUACUUUACAUCAAAGAACUCACACAGGGGAGAAACCAUUUAAAUGCAUGGAGUGCGGAAAGAGCUACAUGUUGAACAGUUCACUUACUUCACAUCAAAGAACCCACACAGGAGAGAAACCAUUUAAAUGUAUGGAGUGUGGAAAGAGCUUUAGCCGGGGAGGUCAACUUACUAUACAUCAAAGAACCCACACAGGAGAGAAACCAUUUAAAUGUAUGGAGUGUGGAAAGAGCUUCUGCCAGAGAGGUCAACUUACUGUACAUCGAAGAACUCACACAGGAGAGAAACCAUUUAAAUGCAUGGAAUGUGGAAAGAGUUUCAUUUUGAGCAGUUUACUUACUUCACAUCAAAGAACCCACACAGGGGAGAAACCAUUUAAGUGCAUGGACUGUGGAAAGAGCUUCAGCCGGAGAGAUCAACUUACUGUACAUCGAAGAACUCACACAGGAGAGAAACCAUUUAAAUGCAUGGAAUGUGGAAAGAGUUUCAUUUUGAGCAGUUUACUUACUUCACAUCAAAGAACCCACACAGGGGAGAAACCAUUUACAUGUAUGGAGUGUGGAAAGAGCUUUAGCCGGGGAGGUCAACUUACUAUACAUCAAAGAACCCACACAGGGGAGAAACCUUUUAAAUGUAUGGAGUGUGGAAAGAGCUUCUGCCAGAGAGGUCAACUUACUUCACAUCAUAGAACACACACAGGAGAGAAACCUUUUAAGUGCAUGGAAUGUGGAAAAUGCUUCAGCUGCAGCUAUCAACUUACUUUACAUCAAAGAACUCACACAGGAGAGAAACCAUUUAAAUGCAUGGAGUGCGGAAAGAGCUUCAUGUUGAGCAGUUCACUUACUUCACAUCAAAGAACCCACACAGGAGAGAAACCAUUUAAAUGUAUGGAGUGUGGAAAGAGCUUUAGCCGGGGAGGUCAACUUACUAUACAUCAAAGAACCCACACAGAAGAGAAACCAUUUAAAUGUAUGGAGUGUGGAAAGACCUUCUGCCAGAGAGGUCAACUUACUAUACAUCAAAGAACCCACACAGGGGAGAAACCUUUUAAAUGUAUGGAGUGUGGAAAGAGCUUUAGCCGGGGAGGUCAACUUACUAUACAUCAAAGAACCCACACAGAAGAGAAACCAUUUAAAUGUAUGGAGUGUGGAAAGAGCUUCUGCCAGAGAGGUCAACUUACUAUACAUCAAAGAACCCACACAGGGGAGAAACCUUUUAAAUGUAUGCAGUGUGGAAAGAGCUUUAGCCGGGGAGGUCAACUUACUAUACAUCAAAGAACCCACACAGAAGAGAAACCAUUUAAAUGUAUGGAGUGUGGAAAGAGCUUCUGCCAGAGAUGUCAACUUACUAUACAUCACAGAACCCACACAGGAGAGAAACCAUUUAAAUGUGUUGAGUGUGGAAAGAGCUUUAGCCGGGGAGGUCAACUUACUAUACAUCAAAGAACCCACACAAGGGAGAAACCAUUUGAAUGUAUGGAGUGUGGAAAGAGCUUCAGCCAUAGCAAUAGCAUGAUGUUACUUCAAAGAACACACACGGGAGAAACCAUUUAAAUGUAUGGAGUGUGGAAAGAGCUUCGGCAAAGAGGUCAACUUACUAUACAUCAAAGAACCCACACAGGUGAAAAUCCAUUUAAAUGCAUGGAUGGGGAAAGAGCUUCAUGUUGAGCAGUUCACUUACUUCACAUCAAAGAACCUACAAGGAGAGAAAACAUUUAAAUGUAUGGAAUGUUGAAAGAGCUUCUGCCAGAGACAUCAACUUACUAUACAUCAAGGAACCCUCACAGGAGAGUAACUUUUUAAGUGCAUGGAAUGUGGAAAAUGCUUCAGCUGCAGCUAUCAACUUACUUUACAUCGACGAACACAGACAGAGGAGAAACCAUUUAAGUGCAUGGUGUGUGGAAAGAGCCAGUGGCGUCACUAGGAUUGGUUGCCCCAAGAGGUCUUCUGUAUCUUUAAAAGUUGUGCAGGGGGGAGGGAGACCGCCUUGUGGUUUUUCCCAUUACAGAGUUGCAAGAACACCUGCACUUGGCUAACCUUCUCUUCUCCUAAAGAUACAGGAUCAGUCUCAGGCCAUGGACCUGGCAACCUUAGCUUCCACAGGCAUCUGGUUGGCCGCUAUGAGAACAAGAUGCUGAAUUAGAUGGGCCUUUGCCCUGAUCCAGCAGGGCUCUUCAUAUGUUUUUUUGUUGUCCAACCAGCAAGCAAGAAGCAAUCAUCAGUUUUUCUGGGGGUCAGAGCACCUCAGACAGCCUCAGUCAUGAACUUCUUAAGAUGUACUGAUGUCUGGAGCUAAGCUUGGUGUUCAUUUGUUUUUUCAUGUUCUUUCCUGCUGUGCUGUCCCAUAAUGGCCCACUUACAGCUCUCAGAAGUGUAUCCCUGCAAAGAGACUAUUAAGUUGCAGAAGGCCAAGGCAGUGCCUAGCAACCAUCUGCUGUACCCUGCGAGUACUUACCUGUUUUUAUCGGCCUACCUGCUUGUCAGUCUGUUUUCAGGCAGAAUUGUUUCCACCUGCAGCUCUCAGAGGUGUGGCCUAGCAAGAGGAUAUGUAGCUGCAGAAGCCCAAGGCAGUAGCUAACGGACAGUGCCUGUUUGGUGCCAAUGAGGGACCAUGCUUAUACAAAGCUGGCAGGUUCUACCUCAGCUGGGGUGAAAGGCUUCUGCUGGUGUAGGUAUAUCCUAGUUCCCUCAGCCUGGCAUAAAUACAAGUUGGAUUGCACCUUAAUUUGUCUGAAUGUAUGUCCAUUUAAAACUGCCUUGAAUAUUGAGGACAAAGAUGAAAAAGAGGACAGACCUCCUGUACCUUUAAUUAAUAUCAUUUGUAGACCACUUCCCAUCCAGGAUCCCAAAGUGGCAUACAGAAUAAACUCCAACAUUAACAUGUUAAAAACAUAUAAAAUCAAACAAGUACUG